GGUUACCCCCCCCCCCCUAAUAUACUCAUAGAAACCAUAUUUAGUUAGUCGAUAUAUUUUUCUUAGAAGUUUUUUCGUUAAAACGGUUGCCACCGUGUUAUUUAAAAUGAACAUAGUGAAUUUCAAAUGAUUUUAUGGCAAAAUACCUGGCACAAAUUAUUGUUCUCGGAACAAGAAUUAUAUCACAAGCGUUUAUUCGUGCCUUGCAACAAGAAUAUCAAGCUGCAAAAGUCAUUUCACAAAAACAAGGCCCUUCAUCGGCAAACUCGAAACAAACAAGCGCAACUAAUUUAAGGACAGGAAUUACAAUAGAAGAAGCGAUUCAGAUUUUAAAUAUAUCACCUGAUCUGAAACCUGAAGAUGUUCAAGAAAAAUAUAAACAUCUUUUUGAUUCUAAUGAUAAAUCUAAGGGUGGUUCAUUUUAUAUUCAGUCCAAAAUAGUCCGUGCUAAAGAACGGAUAGAUGCAGAAAUAAAUUUUCAAAAAAAUGCUGAAAGACUUAAGUCACAAUCUAGUUCUUCGUCAAAAACUAGUUGAUUAAACCAAAUCUAAAUUAUCUCAGAUGCUCAUGAUCACCAAGCAUUAUUGUUAUAUUUUGUUUUGAUAGUCAAUUUACAAUGUAAAUAUGGUUUUUGAUAAUUGUUACAUUACUUUACAUAACAACAAAAUACAUACAAAAUUAUGA